AUGGGUGCCUUCUCUAAGAAACAGGCCGAUGUCGAGGCCGUCCCAUCCGAAAAGCCUGUAUAUGGCACCGAAAACGACAGCGGCGAAUACAUUCCCGAUGAAGGUGCCGUCGCCGCCGAGACCUUCGUCCUUGGAGACAGCUGGUAUGCGAAGACACAGAGACUUGCUGGUAAAUUCGGUGUCGAACAACGUGGUAUCGAGCGAGUCCCCAGCGAUGAGCGUGACACAGCACACAUCUCGCAAGUCGGCACCAUGUGGCUCUCAGCGAACAUGGUUGUCAGCUCCUUCGCCAUUGGUGCUUUGGCCUACCCCAUCUUCUUCCUUGGAUUCGUCGAUACUAUCUUGAUCAUCUUCUUCAUCAACUUGCUAGGUAUAAUUCCCGUCGCCUUUUUCAGCACUUUCGGUCCCAGGUUUGGUUUGAGACAGAUGGUUCUCUCGAGAUUCUUCUUCGGAUAUUACGGUGUCAAGGUCGUUGCUGUGUUCAACAUCCUCGCCUGUGUUGGUUGGUCUGCUGUUAAUGUGAUUGUGGGAGCUCAGCUGUUCAACGCCGUCAACAGCAACAUGCCAGGAUGGGCCGGUAUUAUUUUGAUCGCUGCCGCCACUUUCUUGAUCACUCUUUUCGGAUACAAGGUUGUCCACACCUACGAGCGAUACUCCUGGAUCCCCUGCUUCAUCAUUUUUCUGAUCGUCAUUGGCGAGUUUGCCCACUCUGGCAAUUUCUCGAACAUUCCAAUGGGUGUCGGACUCUCCGAGGCAGGAUCUGCUCUCUCUUUCGCUGCUUCAGUUUUCGGGUUCGCAACUGGCUGGACCUCGUAUGCUGCUGAUUACACCGUCUAUCAACCGGUCAGCCGAUCCCGAAAAUCGGUUUUCAUCUGGACUUACGCCGGUCUCGCCUUCCCUCUCCUUUUCACGGAGAUGCUCGGUGCAGCGGUCGCGACUGCAGUGGCUGCCAAUGGCGGUAACAAUGUCUACAAUGACGGAUACCAGUCCUCUGGCAUCGGUGGACUUCUCGCAGCCGUUAUCGUCCCUCCCUUGGGCCGAUUCGGACAGUUCUGCCUUGUCGUCCUCGCAUUGUCGAUUAUCGCAAAUAACUGCCCCAACAUCUACUCCGUCUCGCUCUCCCUCCAACUCCUUGCUCGCGUCUCCCAGCGCGUUCCCCGCUUCGUGUGGACCUUUAUUGGAACCCUCAUUUAUUGUGCCAUUGCCAUUCCCGGUUACGGCCAUUUCCAGUCUGUCCUUGAGAACUUCAUGCUGCUCAUCGCUUACUGGCUGGCUAUCUAUGAGGGUAUCGCCGUCUCAGAGCACGUCUUCUACAAACGUGGCAUGACCGGCUAUGAUCCAAGCAUCUACAUGGACAAGGAUAAGCUUCCCCCGGGAAUCGCAGCCAUCAUUGCUUUCUGCUUCGGUAUCAUGGGUGCCAUUCUCGGCAUGGCUCAGGUCUGGUUCACUGGACCGAUUGGGAAGCUUUGCGGUACAACGUACGGCGGAGAUGUUGGCUUCGAGUUGGCCUUCGGCUUCGCUUCUACCUCGUACACUGUACUGAGAUACUUUGAGAAGAAGCACUUCGGACGGUAA